CUGGUCAUCACUCACUACACCCCAAAUAAUGGAGUCAACACCAUCAUCUCUCAACCACCGCCACCUCCUCUUCUUCUUGCUCAGCAUCAUCGCCGUCCUCCGCCACUCCGCCGCCGCAUCACCCUUCCCCAAAGAAGCCCUCCCCACCAAAUCAGGCUACUUGACAGUCAACUCCACAACCGGCUCAGCCAUCUUCUACACAUUCUAUGAAGCCACCAACACCACCCCAAACCCCCAAACUCCAAUAGUAAUCUGGCUGCAAGGAGGACCGGGCUGCUCGUCGUUGCUAGCCAACUUCUACGAGCUCGGGCCGUGGGUAGUGAAGCCAGACCUCUCACUCGGGCCUAAUCCAGGCCCUUGGAACAGAAUCUUUGGAUUGCUGUUUCUUGAUAAUCCCAUAGGCUCUGGCUUCAGCAUAGCUGCUUCACCUCAAGAAAUCCCUCGAAACCAGUUAGGUGUAGCUGAGCAUCUCUUUGUAGCAAUCAAGAAGUUCAUUGCUUUGGAUGCAAAUUUCAAAAGCAGGCCAAUUUACAUAACUGGUGAGAGCUAUGCUGGGAAAUAUGUGCCUGCAAUUGGAUACCACAUUUUGAAGAAGAAGGAAAGUGGAGUGAAUUUGGCUGGUGUUGCUAUUGGGAAUGGCCUGACUCAUCCUGAGGUGCAAGUGUCGACUCAUGCUGUGAAUGCAUACAAUCUGGGGUUGAUAAAUGACAAGCAAAAGGCUCUUUUGGAGGGGAUUCAGUCUAAGGCUGUUGAUUAUGUGAGAGAAGAGCGUUGGGGGGAAGCAACCGAUGCAAGAACCAAAGUGCUCAACACACUACAAAAUAUGACUGGAUUGGCCACUUUGUAUGAUUUCACAAGGCUGAUUCCUUACCAGGAUGACAUUGUGGCUGAGUUCUUGAGUAAUCCCGAGGCGAAGAGGGCUCUCGGGGCGAAUGAGUCUGCUGUGUUUGAGGUGUGCAGCGAUGUCGUGGGGGAAGUUUUGAAGGAUGAUGUGAUGAAGAGUGUGAAGUAUAUGGUGGAGUUCUUGGUGAAGAAGACGAGGGUGUUGCUGUAUCAGGGGCAGUGUGAUUUGAGAGACGGCGUGGUGUCUACUGUGGCGUGGAUGAAGGGGAUGGAGUGGGAGGGAAUCGGUGAGUUCUUGGAUGCGGAGAGGGAGGUGUGGAGGGUGGAUGGGAAGCUUGCUGGCUAUAUGCAGAGAUGGAAGAGGCUUAGCCAUGUUGUGGUGAUGAAUGCUGGGCAUCUUGUGCCUACUGAUCAGCCUGUUAACUCUCAAGUUAUGAUUGAAGAUUGGGUUUUGGAGAAGGGACUGUUUGCUGCUCAAGAAACUGAAACACAAGUCAAAUAGUUUUGGACAUAUGAUGCUGUUGUUGUCUGCUUUGUAAUUGUAAUCAGUGCUGGGAAAUAAGAAGCUAAUGUUGGUGAACUUAAA